AGUAUAUCUGAAGUUUAAAACAAACCAGUUCCACAACAUUAUACCGUUACCGACGAAAAAAUAAAUAAAUAUACAAUCAAAGAAUUGCAAUAUCAAUUUCAUAAUGAACUUCUUUUACUCUUUAUUAAGUCUAAGAUAUUUUUAAUUUUCUUUAUUUUAACAUGAAACUUCUGGGAAACUAGAAUUGUUAUAUUUUUAUACACUCUGUAGCCCUCGAUAGAGCUGUCCUUAUCUUAUCAACUUUAUAGGCUAAAAUUAAUAUUAAUGUUUAUUGUUGUAGUUCAUAAAUUAUUAUUUCGAUGUUUUUAUAUUAAAGAUACAAUAACAACAACAGCAACAAUACAAAAAAAAAACGAACUCAAAUAAGUUAAGUACAUCUAAAGUGCAAUCAACUGGCUGGCAGUGUAUCUGUACUUGGUGAAAGUGUCACAUCUACGAGGCGACCGAGCGAACGACGCGAAGUUCAAAGAUACUCAUAACUAGCUAUACCUAUACUUUCGGUGGCACAUAAGUAUCAUUUUCAAUUUUGCCAAUUCUCUUUUAAAAAAGAGUAAAAUAAAACUCAAAAAGCUGCAAAACUCACUAUCGUGGGGGGGAGGUAGCUCGGCAGCUUGAGGAAACAAAAAAUUUGCAAGCCAUCGACAAGAUUCAACCUCACAAGCUAUCGGAUCUUUAACGCGACCAGUUGUUGUUGAAAUCGAAAAGAAAAAGUAUCUAUCUAUUUAUAAGAAACCGUGCGUGGAAUUAUUGUUCGUGGAGAAUCAAGUUUUCGCGUGUGGGUUGCCUUGCAAGUUCAGAUACAACACUUAAAAAUUAACCAUGUCAAAUUUACGUCCUCUAACACCAUUAUUGGCAUUAAGAGCCAAAGAAGAGCUCAAUGAAGUUCCAGAAAGAAUCGAUGAUGAUCUCAAGGCGUUUCGUGAGUGGAUAGCGAAGCAACCUCAUUUGAAUGCCCGCACAGAUGACCAGUUUUUGAUGGCCUUUUUGCGGGGCUGCAAACACAGCUUGGAAAAGGCCAAGCACAAGUUGGAUAUGUUCUAUACCAUGCGUGGCAUUAUUCCUGAGUUAUAUAAGAAUCGCAGUGUUGAUGAUCCUAAGGUUCUCGGAAUCCUCCGUAGCGGUUGCCUUAUCCGAUUGCCCUCACCUCUGGGCGAAGACGGUCCCAGAAUUCAUGUCACUCGUUACGGAAUGUACGAUUCCCACAAAUUCACCAUCGCCGAUGUGAUGAAGACCAAUACGUUCCUGCAAGAAAUCGAAUUCGUCGAGGACGACAAUGCCAUGGUGAAGGGUUUUAUUGAGAUAAUCGACUUCAAGGGUGUCACUGGCUCGCAUAUGCUGCAAUUCGACCCGACUUUAGUGAGAAAGUUAGCUGCUCUGGGCGACAAAGCUUGGCCCUAUCGCCAGAAAGGAUUCCAUUUGGUCAAUGUUCCCAGUGGAACCGAAACUAUUCUCACUCUUGUCCGAUCGUUUUUAAGUGAAAAAAUCAAGAAAAGGUUUCACAUUCACAAGAAAUACGAGUCACUCUAUGAACAUGUGCCUGAGAAGUACUUGCCGGUUGAGUACGGUGGUAAAAAUGGAACAAUUCAAGAUGUUAUCGAUACGUGGGAGGCAAAAUUAUUAAGCUAUCGAGAAUAUUUCAAUGACGAGGUUAAUUAUGGAACAAAUGAAAAAUUGAGGCCAGGCAAACCAAUGACUUCGGAGACGGUGUUUGGACUUGCUGGUUCGUUUAGGAAAUUGGACGUUGAUUAGAUAAAAAUAUAAAAAAGAACAAAACACAAACAUAAUAAAUUUCAAAACAAAAAUAGAAAAACUAUGUAUAACUA